CGCCCAGCUUCUCGUCCGCGCGCCGCCUUCGAUUCUCGCCUGCAAGUGUGGGGCCUUCCCCGUCAUCAGGCUUGCGAACGGCCCCGCCCGCUGGUUUGUCUUGGCCACUUCGGUUGGGAACCUUCCCGCAAAUCAGGCCUGAGUCAGGACCGGAAGCCCGUGAAGUGCUGAUCGGUUCCCGACAGUGAGAGCACCAAGUCACGUUUCAGGGUAAAAGAUUGGAGUGUCAGCCAAGAAAGUGAGUAACAAAAAGGGGAUGGCAGCCCCUGCGAAUUGGGAGGUAGUCCCAGAAGGUCUGCCUUCUGCAGUUGCCAGGCAACAAAGGUAAACAGCAGAAAGUGGCAGGAUCAUGGCCACUAACUACAGCGCCAACCAGUAUGAAAAAGCUUUCUCACCCAGGUAUCUGCAGAACUGGUCUCUCGCCAAGCCAACAAAACAGAGGAUUUCUUCCCAUGAAGGCUACACUCAGAUUAUCGCCAAUGAUCGUGGUCAUCUGUUGCCUUCAGUGCCCCGCUCCAAGACAAGUCCCUGGGGUUCAUUCAUGGGCACCUGGGAAAUGCCUCUGAAGGUACCCCCUGCUCGAGUGACCUUGACCUCCCGUACAGCUGCCGGUGCAGCCUCCCUCACUAAAUGGAUACAGAAAAAUCCCAAUUUACUGAAGGCCUCCAAUGGGCUGCGUCCUGAAAUCUUAGGCAAGCCCCACAAUCCAGACGGCCAGAGGAAAUUUGGAAAGUCUAUCAUAAAGACGGUACAACAAGCUCCAAGAUCAAUCAUAAUCCCAAGCUCCCCAGGCUCAAAUCUCAAUUCCCCAGAUCAACCCCAAAGCUCACAUCCCUCUGCAGGUCACACUCCAGGUCCCCAAAGCCCAGCCAACUCUCCAAAGACCUCACUUGGAAGCCCAUGUAUGCCUGAACACUGUGCAGGUCCUAAACUAGCUGAGGUCCAAAAAUGCAAACUUGGAACUCCAUAAGGGACUAAGGGACCACACUGAGAAAAGCUGUCUGGGGACUGAGUGACCCCCGGUCAGGGAAAUUAUGGAUGGGAAUAAAGGCAAAUUUGGAAAAUUAA